UACUAAGGAAAAUGUCACAACCGAACCCAAUUAGGCCCUGUCACUAUCAUUGUUAUUAAUUUAUUAAUUAGUCCAUUUCAGUUUUGGGUUUUAUAUAUAAUAAAUAUUACAAUAUAAUCAUAUGUGCCUCAUGAUACUUUCUAGGCAAAUACAUAUCCCAUCUUUUUUCAAAAUCUUUAAAAGUUCUCAAAACCGCAAUGCUUCAUAGCUCUUGAACCUCAUCAUCAGGUUUUGUUUGAAGCUCACCAACAAGAACAAAUUGAAGUAUAUGAUUAUGAUUAUGGGUAUGAACAAUAAGAAACCAGUGAUCUUGGUCUUACUGCUACUCUUGAUUGUUUCAAAUGGAGAGAGAUCUUCAUCAGUUGUAGAAGGAAGGGCACUCUCCUUAGUAUCACAUCAAGAGUACUCUAAGAUUUUUUCUACACUUGGAGUUGUUUGCAAGUGUUGUGAUGGAAUUGAUGGUGCCUGCUCAAAUACUUGGACAAAUUCUUGCACUAAUUUGCAGUGUUUACCAUGGAAAUCUCACUAGUUCGUAAUCUGUUUUUCAUUGAUUUCUUGUGUAUAUAUAUCAAGUUUAGGAAUAUUAGGUAAAGAAAUUAAAACAAUCCCAAAAUUUUGUAGUUUCUGUGUGUAUUCGGUGGAAAUAUAUGUGUAUGUAUCUUUGGGACCUUAUCAAUUCAGGGUAGUUACAGAUUGGAUUUCACCCAGCA